AGCAACGUGGCGGUAACAUGUCCUGCGAGCUUCGUGCAGCCGCCCGCAGCAGCAGCGCCGCCGAGGACGCCGACGACGACGCCGCGGCCGCCGCCACAGCCUCCCCCAACCAACAUCUCGCGUCCGCGCCGCGAAGACUAUAUUCUAAACUAGCUAGUGUCGACACGUGAACACUCAACUUGCAAGCACAACCAACAAAAAAAUAAAACCGGAAAAUAAAAACCACAGACACCCGGAUAACCGGAAAGUUAUUUAAAUUUUUUAAGAGUGCGUUAAGGUGUCGCGUCGAGAUGAUGUGAGUGCGCGUCACGUGUCUGUGAACGUCAAACUUUUGUUUAUGUUUAACUAAAAAAUAAUUUUCCGGUUUGUUAAAAAUUAAAAAUUAUAAAAAAAUAAUUAAGUUGAUAAUAAAUUAUUCGCCGACACCGAUAUAUAUGAUAAAUAUAUGUUUAUGUACAAACCGGCAAAGAUUCGGAGCAAACGGGUUUCUAAACACACACUGUAUAUAAUAAUCGCAUAGUUUAAGUUUUAAAUGUUUUAAAAAACAACAAAGUGUCAAGUGGGACCAAAAAAUUUUAACCAAAAAUUCAUUCUGAACAUAGUGUAUAAUACAACAGUUGCGGUUAUGUUUUGACAGCUGUCAAAAGUUUACAUUUUAACCUUAAACACCCAACCGAAAGAUGGCGUUGAUGAAUAUGACACCACGAGCGGCGCUGGCGAUGGAGGACAUUUUACUCUCGAUCUUCGACAAUGGCACAGCAAAUUCCAGCCUGGCACCGAACGAAACAUUCGUCCAGCAUUAUCCCAGUGGAUACACACUUCCACAAAUUGUAUUAGCAUCAAUUGCGAUUACUAUCCUGAUGAUUGUCGUCGUGGUAGGCAACAUGUUAGUCAUCAUUGCUAUAACCACAGAAAAAGCGUUGAAAAACAUACAGAAUUGGUUCAUAGCUUCGCUAGCGGUUGCAGAUUUCUUCCUCGGGUUGAUAAUCAUGCCGUUUUCACUAGCAAAUGAACUAAUGGGUUACUGGAUAUUUGGCUCGUGGUGGUGUGACAUCCAUUCCGCCAUGGAUGUCCUCCUCAGCACGGCGAGUAUCAUGAAUCUUUGUUUGAUUUCGCUCGAUCGCUAUUGGAGCAUCACGCAAGCAGUGGAGUAUCUUAAGAAGCGCACCCCCGUGCGGGCGGUAGUGAUGAUAACUGCAGUUUGGUUGCUGUCUGCGCUAAUCUGCAUACCGCCGCUGUUGGGAUGGAAAGUGGCGCAACAACCGGACGAUCAGUAUCCUAAGUGUCAGGUAAUGUAAUGUUUUCUGCCAUCGAUAUCACAGCUGGAGACCGGAGGCGGCGACUCACGCGCACAUGAUGGAAAACAAACGGCGG